GCCCCUUUCUUUCCCUCUUUCUCUCUCUCUCUCUCGGUUUUCCACAAAGCGUCUUGCUGCCGGGAGCCUGAGAUCUGAAGGCUAAGACACGAGGCAGCCAGGCUCUCCUCCUUUCUGCCCCAGUAGUAAGGGGUGGCGGAAGCGUUUACUUGGAGGGGGAUGCUGUAGAAGACCAAAGGCAAAGGCAAGCAGUGGCUCUGGCAGCAGCCAGUCAUCCUGCCCCACAGGGCCAAAAGCAAUGAAGAUAACACUGACACCAAGUGCCCUUUUGCUCAUCUGCCUGAUAAUCCAGGCAUAUUGCAAUGAGGAGGAUGUGGAGCAGAGGCCUGGAGCACCAACACAGCCUCCGCCACCCCAGCAUCACACUUCCAGGCCCAAUAAUUACCAUGAAAAAUACAGCAAGCGGCCCAGAGGGUCAGAGUGUGUGCGAUGCUGCGAUCCUCCCGAGCGCAUUUCAGCAUACCCUAUGUACCAACCCAUGCCUCAGAUCAACAUUACCAUCCUAAAAGGUGAGAAAGGGGACCGUGGUGAACGUGGCCCCCAAGGGAAGCUGGGCAAGGCUGGUUCUGCGGGAAGCAGGGGCCAGGCAGGCCUCAAGGGGCAGAAGGGGAACAUAGGGGCCCCGGGGGAGCGGGCCAAGACCAACUAUGCUGCCUUUUCAGUGGGCCGAAGAAAACCCCUGCACAGCAACGACUACUACCAGACUCUUGUCUUUGACACCGAGUAUGUGAACCUCUAUGGACACUUCAACAUGUUCAUGGGCAAGUUCUACUGCUAUGUGCCCGGUAUCUACUUCUUCAGUCUCAAUGUGCACACCUGGAACCAGAAGGAAACCUACCUGCACAUAAUGCACAAUGGGGCUGAGGCGGCCAUCUUGUACGCCCAGGCCAGCGACCGAAGCAUCAUGCAGAGCCAGAGCCUCAUGUUGGAGCUGCAGGACCAGGAUGAAAUCUGGGUGAGGCUCUUCAAGGGUGAGCGCGACAAUGCCGUCUUCAGCGACGAAUACGAUACAUACGUUAUUUUCAGCGGGUACUUAAUCAAACCCAACUCUGAGCCUUGAAUCUGCUGGCAGAUGGACAAAAUACAGCCAAUAACAUCACCUGGCUCUAACCUUGUAGUGUUUCCCUACUUGCUGAUUUCUAACCCUACUUAUCUGCCAUAACCCAACCUUGACCUCUGAUAUGACCAUUAUCCUCCUCAAACGAUGACCCCACUUCCCUUGGACAAGGUUUCCCCCCUGCUUCAAACCUCUGGUCCUUCUCUCUUCCCUCUGCCCCCAAGUCUUAAGUUGGCGUCAAUAUUCCCAGUCAGAUCGUCACAGUAAUCUAACUUCUGCUCUUAUGGGCCUGACUACCCAUGUACUGUACAAUCAUUCCCUUUGCUCUAAGACUGGGACUCACACCCUCCUAGAUAAUAAUGACACUUCUUCUAUACAA